GCAGCUGGGCGCUAAUUAAUUUAGACCCUUCUCCCGCUAGGCUUUAAGGAGCGGGGAAGCCCCACGUCGGAGAAGUGCAGCGUCCCCUCCCGCAGUGGCCCCGCACCCGGAGCACUGGGGCUGCCCCCGCUCCGCCGCCCCCGGCCCGCAGCUCCUCGCCCCCGGGCCCGGGGAUUGGCCCGGCGGAGGCGGCAUCAGCGGCGGGGGGGGCCGCCCCCACCCUCCCUCCUCCUCCCUGGCCCCGCCGCCCCCUCGCCCCGGUGCGGCAGGGCCAACCGGGAGACCCAGACGCAGGCAGCCACCCAGCCGCCGCCGCUCCGCGCCCGGCCGCCCGCCCGCAGCAUCCCCCGAUGGCCGCCCGCCUGACCUGCUGCCUCCUGCUGUGGGCCCUGGGCCAUGGGGGCUGCCGCUCGCCUGAGGGGCAGGGCGCCGGCGGCCCGCCCGCCUGCCCCGUCCCGCCGCCGGCCGGCCCGGCCUCGGCCGCCCCCGGCCGCGACCCCCGCCGCGGCUCUUCGCCGCCCCCUGCGCUGGGCAGCAUCGCUCAGGACAUGGUAGCUGUCCACAUGCUUAAGCUCUACGAGAAGUACAACCGGGAAGGGAGCCGGCCCGGCGACGGCAACACGGUCCGCAGCUUCAGAGCCAGGCCGGAAUUCUUGGCCCAGAAGCCCUUGUACUGCUUCAAUCUGACAUCCAUGCAGGAUUCAGAAAUGAUCCUUGCUGCCACUUUUCACUUCUAUGCUGACAAACGCCCUCGGCACCGGGAGGUGUUUUGUAAACGGUCCAAGAACUCAUCCUGCCGCCUCCUUCACCUGCCUCCAGUCCUACGGCUCAACCUAGUGUUCCAAAGCAUUCACCAGAAUUCUGCCUAUGGACUAGUGAAAGGGAACAUCACUGUGCUUCUUCAAAGGCGAGGGGCUUGGCAUGCAAAGGACAUUUCACACAUUGUAAAAGAAUCAAAACGAGCUGGAGAGCUCAUUCUCUGCGCUGAGCUUAAUUCUGGGGAGAAGCACCAGGGCUUCCCCGAACAAGUUGCCAGCCAUUUACCUUAUAUACUAGUUUAUGCCAAUGAUCUUGCCAUCUCUGAACCUAACAGUGUGGCAGGCACCCUACAGCGUUAUGAUCCGUUCCCUCCCAAUGACGGGGACCCAAAUCUGUCCCCUAAUGCUUCUACUGAUACUCGAGUUAGGAGGGAUACCUACCUCGCUAGGUCAAUUCAGAACAAUGAGUUGCCAGAAGUAGAUUAUAACAACAAUAAAUACAACAAACAUGACAUAUGGGAGAAUGCCUACAGAUCCUUGAAACCAAAAGCCUCACGCAAAGAUCGAAGGAGAAAAGGGCAAGAAAAUACAGAAACACUUAAAAAGUCUCAGGUGCUAAAUUUUGAUGAGAAAACAAUGAAGAAAGCAAGGCGAAAACAAUGGAAUGAGCCAAGGAUUUGUUCAAGAAGAUACAUGAAAGUUGACUUUGCUGAUAUUGGCUGGAAUGAAUGGAUCAUAUCUCCCAAAUCAUUUGAUGCUUACUACUGUGCAGGUGCAUGUGAAUUUCCAAUGCCCAAGAUUGUCCGGCCAUCAAAUCAUGCUACAAUUCAGAGCAUCGUGAAAGCAGUAGGAAUCAUUCCUGGCAUCCCAGAACCCUGCUGUGUUCCUGACAAAAUGAGCUCACUCAGUGUCCUGUUCUUAGAUGAGAACAAAAAUGUUGUUUUAAAGGUAUAUCCCAAUAUGUCAGUUGAAACUUGUGCCUGCCGAUAAGUUUGUACAAACACAUCUCUAACAAGGCCUACAGAUCCUGCCUGACUGCUCUGGGAAAUUGUAAAGGAGAAAUGAAUCCAGUUGUGUUGAGGAACCAAUGCAAGUCUCCAAUUCCUCUACAGAAAGCACACGGAAAGACUGAAAAAAUGCACGUGCUUGCCACGAAAGAUAGGCCGUACUGUCGUAAUUUGUCUCUCAUAUUCAUCUUCCAGGAAUUCACUACUUCUACAGACACCUUCCUAACCCACCUAGCCAAGAUACCUGGUGUUUAGAGAGCAAUUUAAGUGUAAAGUUUUCCAUAAUCAAAGGACUAAAAUAUGUUUUUAUGUGUUAUUUUCUGACUAUUUUAUCUCUUCAGUUAACCAAGAAGAUGGGAAGUGAACUUGCAGAGGCAGGCUUAUUUUAGAAUAUCACUUUUGUACACAAAUAAAAAGUUUUUGCCUAAAACACUCAUACUCUUAAUAUGCAUAUUUAUACUGAAAAAUGCUGUAAUAAAGGGCUUAAAAUGUAUAUUUUCUUCAGGAUGCAAGUAUAGUUCACUGCAUAAGUUUUCAUUUAAACAAUAUGUUAAUAUAGUCAUUUUUGGUUACCCUUCCUUAAUAUAUAAUUUGUUCAACAAAAGACAUAUAAUAUCCCACAUUUUUGGUUUGCUGGAUAAUUUCAGGUUGUUAAACAUAUUCUCUGAGUAACACAUACAAUAUAGUAAUAUGUUGAAAUACUAAAAUAAAAUAACCGAGAUUUAUAUUUUUGUAAAUUAUUCUUUAUAUCCUCUAGAUUGUUACAUGCUUUUAACAAAAGCUAAUAAAUUAAAGGUACAGUAGUAUCUAAAAAUAUUUGAUUGUUUUUCUAUAAAUGCACUCUCCUACAUUCUGUUAAUUAGAUGGAAACUUGUAAAUACAUGUUAAGCUUGUCAUAAUGCACUUCAAUAGAUUAAAGACAGAAGGAAAUACUAUGAUCAUCCAGACUGACCUCCUGCAUAGCACAGAUCAAAGAACCUUGCUCAGCAGUUUCUGCACCGUGCAUUAUGGAACUUCUGUUUUAAGCUUGGGAAUAUCUUUGAAAAACAUGCAUAAAUUUGGCUUUAAAGAUUUCAUGUGAUAGAAUAUCUCUACUGGACUACAAGUAGUUGUUCCAAAAGUUAGUGCUCUUUGUUCAUAUGCAGUGGCUUAAUCCUAGACUGAAUUUGAUGAGCUUUAGCUUCAAUUCAAUGGAUCUUACUGUAACCUAUUUCAUUAGAUCCCUUUUAUCUAUUAUCCAAAAUACUUUCACUGUGUAUUUUUAGUAUAGAGAGUAGGGUCAAGUUACAUUUUGGCUAAGAUUUAAAUAGAUUGAUUUCUUAUUCUAAGCCUUAUAACAAUUUCUCACAGCUCUCUUCUGAACUCUUUCCAGAACUUUCAUUAACUUUCUUUUCAAACAAUGAACAUCAAAAUGGGAAACAUUUGGCAGUGGUUCCAUUGGAAGUCUUUAUAGAAAUAAAGUCUCUGCAUCUCUAACUCCUACACAAUCCCCUGUUGAUACAUUUAUGGUAGCCUUUUAACUGCAGCAGUCUUUUCAGAGCUGGUGUUCCCAUGAUGGUGUCUGUCAAUACUCUGAGUGUUCCCGUGUUCUAGGACACACUUGCCACAUCCUUCAUUUUCACCCACCUGCUGUACAAUAGCAUAAAGAGAUCAAGGGUGGAAGAAACAUCUGAAGUCCCUAAAGUAGCACAAAUUAUGAUAUGGAGUGCUUCCUCCUCAAGAAACAGUCUAACCUUAGGCAUUACCUCCUGCUAUUAAGAGCUGCUUUUUUAAAGAGAAGGAUAGUACACGCACUUCCUUCUGAUGAACAAAUAACUGGAAGGCUCCUAUCCUACUGAGGUUCUGGGUAUCUUCUGCCACCAGUUUUCUGUGCUCAGGUGGUGCAGUUUCUCAGACAGCAGAGGUUUGUAAAUGUGGUGCUUCCUGCUAACGUACAUAAAAGCAAGAUUCAGCACUCGUGGGAGGCUUUGCAAGGUUACUCUGACAGCAGUUCUUGCUAAUUCUUCCUAGAAAGCUCUGACUAAGAAGUAAAAAGUUCUGUGGUUCCCUGUAGUGACUGCCAGUUAUGACUGACAAAAGAUCACUGAUCAAGUUUCCAGUUCUUCUCCCAAAGUACUUUUGUACUUUGUAAAUUGCUACAGUAAUUUACACUAGAACUACUGGGAAAAACCUUUGUAUAGUGUUGCUUUUAGAGAUCUCCCUUAAAAAUGUACAAUCUUGUGUUUUUAUAAAUCAUGAGAAACUCAGCUACAAUUGAUAGAGUAAUGCUAACGUAUAAAGAAAAAUUUAACAGUUGUCAGAAUGUCAUUAUUCCUACAGAAAAGCCAUAAGCAUAGCAUCCUAUAAACCAUUCUGCUCAAUGCUUGAGUUUAUAGAGAAAAUUACUGGUGAUAAACACAGGUCAAGAUAAUUCCACUAACUACUCCUAAAAGAAAAUGGUAUGAGUAAAGACAGCUAAAACAUGAAAACAGCUGAUACUAGCCAGCAAAGUGUUAAAACCCAUUUUUUCUAAAACAAAUCCAGUUUCAUUCUUUCAUGUCACUGUUUAAUUGCCAGAGGUAACAGCAACAGCUACAAUGUACCUAAGUUUUUGUGGAGUAUUCAAUUCACUUACCAAGGUUGCAUAAUUAAAAUAAACCACUGGACAAUA